CGGAAAAGGGUCAAACACGUGAGGGUGUGGCAAAUGGCCUUUCCAAAUUUCCUUUGGCCCCAAGGCAAUCAGCCCGGCGCACCAUAAUAAAUAAUAAUCUCUUGCAUUUCUUUUUUCUUGUACGCUGCUGGGUCCGUUUCUCGAAGGAGAAACAGAAAAAAGAAAAGGAAAAAUAUCUCUGAUUAAACACUAACCCAGCAGAGAAAGAAAGAGAGGAAAAUCUCUCAUCUGAAUAUCAUCCCACGGAUCAAGUUUGCGAAAAGCUUCUUGUCUUUUAACAUUUUGUAUCAGUUGAUUGGCAUUCCAUUUCUUGGUAUUUUUCGCACAAAAAAACCCGUUUCGAGUCUGUUCUUUGUCUUUCCGGUGUCGGUGGCUACAAGCUUUGGAGGCUCGGUUUCGGAGAACAUGAGUUCUAAUGUCUCGAGUGAGCGAAGGGACAAUAACAGGCCUACUAGGUUUGCUUCCCAAACUGCCCGUCAAGAGUGGGUUCCUAGAGGGGCCACCACCACGAUGACUGUCGUAAACCCUGUUUUAAGCUCCGACUCGAACACAACUGGCAAUGGUGGAAGAGAUUCUAACCACGGCUCUACAACAUCUCAGAGUCGGUCCAGGGGGAACAAUAGUAGUACUGGUUCAAGGGGUCAAGUCAAUCGUUGGACGAAUCACAGGAGGGAGAGGGAGAAGAAGGAGAAGGAGAGAAGUGUGACUCAAGAGAGGAGUACAAGCGAGGAUGAGGGGGUUUUGAAAGACGUAAAUUUGCCUCAUCUUGUGCAAGAGAUUCAGGACAAGUUGAUGAAGGGUGCUGUUGAGUGUAUGAUUUGCUAUGACAUGGUUAGGAGAUCUGCAGCCAUUUGGUCUUGUUCGAGCUGCUACUCGAUUUUCCAUCUGAAUUGUAUCAAGAAAUGGGCUCGAGCGCCUACCUCUGUCGAUCUGUCUGUGGAGAAAAAUCAGGGGUUUAAUUGGCGGUGUCCUGGAUGUCAAUCCGCGCAGCUCACGUCAUUGAAGGAGAUUCGAUAUGUGUGCUUUUGUGGCAAGAGGCCUGACCCACCUUCUGACUUGUAUUUGACUCCCCAUUCGUGUGGGGAGCCUUGUGGGAAGCAUCUUGAGAGGGAUUUUCUUGUUCCAGGAGAGAGUGAGGAGGAUCUUUGCCCUCAUGUGUGUGUGUUGCAGUGCCACCCGGGUCCAUGCCCGCCUUGUAAAGCAUUUGCCCCUCCUCGUAGAUGCCCUUGCGGAAAGAAGACGACUACGACUAGAUGCUCUGAUCGGAAGUCUGUUCUUACUUGUGGUCAGCGCUGUAACAAGGUUCUUGAAUGCGGUCGUCAUAGGUGUGAGCGGGUUUGUCACUUGGGUGCUUGUGACCAGUGUCAAGUUCUGGUCAGUGCUUCCUGUUUUUGCAAGAAAAUGGUGGAGGUUGUUCUUUGUGGAGACAUGAUCCUGAAGGGCGAGGUGAAAGCUGAAGAUGGGGUCUUUUCAUGUUCUUCUCUUUGUGAGAAGAAACUUAAUUGUGACAAUCAUUUCUGUAGUGAAGUUUGCCACCCAGGCUCCUGUGGAGAGUGCAACUUGCUGCCAAGCAAGACAAAGACAUGCCACUGUGGGAAAACAGUCUUGGAGGAGGAACGGCAGAGUUGUUUAGACCCAAUCCCUACCUGUUCACAAAUAUGCAAGAAGCCACUUCCUUGUCGGAAGCAUUUUUGCGAAGAGGUGUGCCAUGCUGGUGAUUGUCCCCCUUGUUUGGUUAAAGUGGAGCAAAAAUGCCGCUGUUCAUCAACUUCUCGAUAUGUGGAAUGCUAUAAGACUACUUCAGAUGAGAAAUUUACUUGUGAUAAGGCUUGUGGGCGGAAGAAGAGCUGUGGAAGGCACCGUUGUAGUGAGCGAUGCUGUCCUCUUUCUAAUUCAAGCAGCACCUACUUGGGGGAUUGGGAUCCACACUUUUGUUCCAUGUCCUGUGGUAAGAAGCUGAGAUGCGGCCAACAUUCUUGUCAAUCGUUGUGCCACAGUGGCCAUUGCCCUCCUUGCCUUGAAACCAUUUUCACUGAUCUAACAUGUGCUUGUGGGAGAACUUCAUUACCACCUCCAUUGCCUUGUGGAACACCAACCCCUUCUUGUCAACUCCCAUGUUUAGUACUUCAGCCUUGUGGUCAUUCAUCUUCUCACAGCUGCCACUUUGGAGACUGCCCCCCUUGUUCGGUGCCUGUAGCAAAAGAGUGUAUUGGUGGACAUGUUGUUCUUAGGAACAUUCCUUGUGGGUCACGGGACAUUAGAUGUAACAAGCUAUGUGGAAAGACCAGGCAAUGCGGUAUGCAUGCCUGUGGAAGAACUUGUCACCCGCCACCUUGCGAUGCUCAUACGGAAUCUGAACCAGGUUUAAGAUCUUCUUGUGGGCAGACAUGUGGUGCUCCUAGGAGAGAUUGCAGGCAUACAUGUACUGCACCUUGUCACCCCUCGUAUCUUUGUCCCGAUGUACGGUGCAACUUCCCUGUGACAAUAACCUGCUCUUGUGGCCGGAUAACAGCAAGUGUUCCAUGUGAUGCUGGGGGAAACAAUGGUGGUUUUAAUACUGAUACUGUAUACGAAGCUUCAGUUUUGCAGAAAUUGCCAGUGCCACUUCAACCAGUAGAAGCCUGUGGUAAGAAGAUACCACUUGGACAGAGGAAGCUGAUGUGUGAUGAUGAAUGUGCAAAGUUGGAGCGGAAACGAGUUCUUGCAGAUGCUUUUGAUAUAGCUACAACAAACUUGGAUGCUCUUCAUUUUGGUGAAAGCUCUGUUGUUUCUGAGUUGUUGACAGACCUCUAUAGGCGUGAUCCAAAAUGGGUAUUAUCUGUGGAGGAGAGAUGCAAGUAUUUAGUGCUUGGAAAGAGCAAAGGAACUACUAGUGGUCUUAAGGUCCAUGUUUUCUGUCCAAUGCAAAAGGAUAAGAGAGAUGUGAUUAGGGUAAUUGUUGAAAGGUGGAAGCUCACUGUAAGUUCUGCUGGAUGGGAGCCAAAGCGUUUUAUUGUAGUUCAUGUUACGCCAAAGUCGAAAGCUCCACCUCGUGUUCUUGGGGUCAAGGGCACUACUACCGUGAAUGCACUCCAUCCUCCUGCGUUUGAUCCUUUGGUGGACAUGGAUCCCAGGCUUGUUGUUUCUUUUCCAGAUCUGCCUAGAGAUGCCGAUAUAAGUGCAUUGGUUCUGAGGUUUGGCGGGGAGUGUGAGCUCGUCUGGUUGAAUGACAAGAACGCGUUGGCUGUGUUUCAUGAUCCUGCUCGUGCAGCAACAGCCAUGAGGAGGUUGGAUCAUGGAUCGGUAUACCAUGGGGCUGUUCUGGGGCAGCCAGCUGCUGGUGCUUCUUUGUCCUCAGGAACCAACGCAUGGGGAGGAGUGGGAACGGCCAAGGGUAACCCUUGGAAGAAGGUGGUGGUUCAGGAAUCUGGUUGGAAAGAAGAUUCUUGGGGUGGUGAAGAGUGGUUAUCUGGUGGCUCUGCCGAUGUGCAGGCAUCUGUUUGGAAGAAAGAAGCGCCACUUGCUGCCUCAUUAAAUAGAUGGAGUGUUCUUGAUCACGAAACGACUUCGAGUUCGUCACCCACAUCUGUUGGAGUUAAGGUUUCGGCAAAGGAGAAUACAGGUGGCACGCAUCCGAAUUUGGGAUCGAGCACAAGUGUUGUGAAUCCAACGAGGCAGCUCGUAGGAAAUAUUACUGGCACAGAUACUUCUGAGGUGGUGGAUGAUUGGGAGAAGGCUUAUGAUACUAUGGAGUAAGAAAAACAUACUAAAAUUUUCCGACAAAUAAAGUACACUCAGUUUUAUGUUUUGGAUAAUUCUUUCUGGUUCAUGGAAAAGGGUACGAGAGGCAUUAUACGGCCUAAUCGUCCCUUCUGGUCUUAUUUCGGCUUCUUGUGCCGCAAUAGGGCAUAUGUUUUCUUUGAUGUUUUGCACUCAAUUUCUCUUGCUUCGGUUACAUCUUCCAGUUGUCUGGUCGAUCUUUGGCUAGUAUUUUUUUUUUUUUUCAAAAAUCUACUAGCAUGGCAUAGAAUUGGUGUGAAACUGAGGCUGUGUUUGCGGUUCUAGGCUGUGUUUGCGGUUCUGCUAAAUGGAAAAGCGUUCUUUUGUAAAUGCGGAUUUCGUUUUAUUAUAUAUUGCAACAAAGUUGCGACUAUGCUUCAAUGGAACAAA